AUGGGGAUCAAUAGAGAAAGAAAAGUCGAUGUCUCCCAGAAUGUGGCAUGGACAUUGCAGCGAGGGAGCUGGAUAAUCCAUGUCCUGGUUGUAUUUCUUCUCAAGAUGACACUCUCGGUGGUAUUUAACGAUAAUAUAGGAUGGCAGCUCUCACUAAUCAUCUACAACAUCUCCACUUUCAUCUUCUUUCACAUGAUUCCUGGAGAUCCCUUCAACGACAGAUAUAGCCUCUAUACAUUCUGGGAGCAGCUUUCAGAGCAGCUAGAAGGCACUCCAGAUCUUAUUUUCAUAGCACUGUUCCCACUGAUAGCAUUCACCGUCAUAAACUUCAUUGUGAAGUGGAACACUCUUCUUCUCUGGAUGUGCAUUACAAGCCUAUUUAUUGUGACUGUCCCAAAGUUCGGCUUCAUGCAUCUCAGGAGAAUCCUGAUAUUCAAGGAGUAG